UUGUCGUGAAAUACCGUGAUGUUGGACGGAGUUAAAGAUUAUUUAACACCCAAGACAUUCAGUAUUCCAGCAUACGUAUGUUUGAUUGCUCAACUUCUCUGUGGCCUGGUAGUUACAAGCAUUGUUGUUGCUUUAAGAGUCGGAGAGUUUGCGAAAUUUAACUGCGCUGUCGGCCCUGAAAGUGCGGCCUCGUACAAGAAUACUGUCGAGAAAACAUGUUAUUCAAGAUAUGAAGAGAAGUAUAACUCUCCACUGCCAUUUUAUGCCUUUGUCAUCCUGAGUAUUUGGUUUCCUAUUUUUGUCGGUGUUAUUUAUUCACUCUCAGUUCAUAAUCGCGUUAAAGAAAUCAGUGGCUCGAAUGAUGAACCACAAAAUGACGCCGAAGCAGGAAACGAAGUACACAAUAGAAGAUCAUUUUAUGUCUUUUAUUUCUAUUUCUUCCAUCUUGUCAUCCGUUUGUUACUCGGGCUAGUGUUUACCAUCCUACAGUAUGCUGUGUUUUUCCGCAGUGGUUUCGAUUUUGAAUUCAGUUGUGAUCAACGAGCAUCAGAUGUGACGUCGAAGAUAGCAAAGAAUGCAAGUCAGUUGAAUAGUACAACGUCAACAAUAACAUGCGAGAAUUCUACAGCAUCGGAGAAGAAGUUAUGGGCAGAGAUUGUGUGUGCGUUGAACACGAUUUUUGCGGCGAUAAUAUUUGUGGAAGUGAUUUACGUUUGUCUACGAUUUUCCAGGAACCUUCGAUUUUGGUCUGAAGAUGGCCAUGUUCAAGACACUGAUUUUAUCGCUGUUCAUUUUUCUCAAAAGCGAUACACCCAUGUUGGUUUUAAACUAACAAAAUUUGAAUGCGUAGAUUCCUACAAAAGACGUGUUUUAGAACAGUCUCGCACACCUGACGUAAUUUAUGGACCGAAAACUGGUUUAGAUGAUUUGUUUAUUGACGUUGUUAUUCACACUGAACUAGCUCCUCACCACUUUCCAACCAACAUGGAUAGACAUGAAAUAUUUGAUGUCUACAUGAAAGUUCCCGAUGAUUCUAUACGUCUGGAAAAGGUAAAAGAUUUAUUUUAUCCCAACAAGGAUACUAAAGGGAAACAUUCUCGUAAAAUUCUAGCGGUUGGCCGGCCUGGAAUAGGAAAGACUGUCUUGACGGAAAAAAUUAUGCGCGAUUGGGCAAAUGAAGUUGACGAGUUUUAUUCUGGUAAGAUUGCCUUCUAUUUUAAAUUUAGAUGGUUUAAUCUUGACAAAUGGAAAGGCAAUGAUCUUAAGACGUUUCUUCGUUGUGGAACGAGACUAAGCGAUGAAGAGUUUGAAAGAAUUUUUGAUUACAUAACUAAAAAACCAAAAAAAGCUCUUCUUAUUUUUGAUGGUUUGGAUGAGUUCGAUGGCAACAUCAAAGACUGCUUAGACCACUUACCGCGCCAAAACAACCGUGAUAUUCGUAUGCCUGCCAUUUCGUUGUUUAUUAAAUUAAUUUCUGGCCACUUUCUGCCUGGGGCAACGAUUCUGGUUACAACUAGGCCAACCGCAUCUGAUUUUUACUCGAGACUUAAAUUUGAUAGAAAUGUGGAGAUUAUUGGGUUCACCUCGGAGAAAAUUGAACAUUAUGUGAGCAAAUUUUGUGAAAAUCAUGAAAAAAGUUACCUGAAACCAAAGAUGUGGAAGCACAUAGAAUCCUCGUCGGACUUGUUAAAUUUAUGUUACAUCCCAGUGAAUUCCUUCAUAGUUUCCGCCGUACUGUUUGGAUAUCUCACUGAUCCUAGGAACGAGACCGCUGUUCUUCCAACAACACUGACUGAAGUAUAUCAGGCCGCCAUAAAGCAUUUUGAUAAAUAUCACUACAGGAAGACAGACGGACCGUCUUCUGAAGCAAGCAAGAAUCUUCAACUCAAGGCAUACGAUGGUAUUGAAGAUGGACAACUGGUUUUCAAUGAAGAAUCAAUUGAUGAAGAAAUGAGAAGGUCUGGUUUAUUAAACAAGUUUCCCAACCCUAUUCACUCCGGAAUUCAAGAACAGUUUUGCUUCAUUCAUUUGACUGUACAAGAAUUUCUUGCUGCAAAACACGUGACUGAAACGCAAUCUCCAGAAGAAAUAAAGAAUUUUAUCUCUUCCAAGGUUAAGGAUGGUAAAUGGCAUUUAGUGCUUCAAUUUAUUGCUGGAAUACUGGGCCAGAAAAAAAAGACGCUCAGAGAACAAUACCAGCGCUACAAAGAUUGUGUGUUGGCGUUUACAGAAAGCUUCAGAGUAAAUGAUGGCGAACUUGACAUUUGCGAAGAUUAUGGUUCAUUGUUUGUGAUGAAAUGUUUAAAGGAAGCGGGUGAUGAAGAUAUUGUUAAAGAAGCUUGUGAAAGAACUGCGAUGAAGGAUGUUGUACGUCUAUCCGUUAGCGCUCAUAAUUCACAGAGGCUUUCCUCAAGUGAUUUGGCCGCAGUGAUUUAUGUUUGCAAACACAUGAAGAAAUUGACAGAUAUACACGUAGAAGAUAUUGAUUGGAGUGAGGAAUGUUACAUGGAAAUUUGUAAAUUUCUUCAACAAAGAUGUAUGAGAAAAUUGAAGUUAGUGAAGUCAGGUGAAUACCCGGCCUUGCCAUUAGGAGGUCUCUUCAAGUCCCUAAUAAAAUUGAAAUGUACAACAUUGGAUCACAAACACAGCAAACUUGCCUGGUUAUAUUUACAAGGAUUUCACAUCACGGAUGAAUGUUUAUCGAUGAUUUUGGAUUUUUUGAAACAUGGACAUGCAAGUUGCCUUAAAAUAUUAACCCUAAAUGCAUCUGGGAUAACUUCAAGUGAAAUAACGAAAAUAGGUGAAGUCCUCGACAACAAACUUUGUCCAGAGGCUGACAACACUGGAACUUUCGUCAGCAUUAAUGCAUGA